AUGGUUGUUCAGUCCGUGUUGGAAUCUGGCAGUGAUGCUUGUCGUGAGUGUAUCACCUCGUACGAAUAUCUACAGAGAGCAUUGAAUGAGCAAGCCCCGGUAUUCGUUAUCGAGGAGCCAGCCGAUGAAGAUGAUUGGAUUGUGGAUCCCAAAAUCACAACCCACAACAGAAUCAAUCUAGAUCGCUGGGAAAAGAAGAUUCGCUGUCUGUGGAUUAUUCCACCUGCUGUUCGACAGGUGUAUCUUUGUAAACAACUUGGCAAAGGAUGGCACUAUCUUCUUGAGAGGGGGGUGGGUAGGAAGUACUUAUCCGCGGCAUAUGCGCUGGAAAGGAAAUUGAGCCAGAGUAAUCGUGACUUUCGGGUCAAGUUUGUCGAUGCACUGGAUAGAAGAUUUCAGGAUCCUGGAGGGUUCAUCGUGGUGGACAACCGAGUUUCGAGUUUGUCAGAUUGUGGCUUGAAUAUGCUUGACUUGUAUUCCAGAAUGGACGAUUGCGGUCAUGGAAGUGUGGACCAGAACCGUGGAAAUUUUACAAUCAAUUUGGGGUGUUGCGGAAACAACAACCUUGUUCGCUCAAUGGAUUCUAUGGGAUUACCAAGACCCAACCGAUUUCGCUUUUCUGAUGAUGAGUGGGUAAAAGAUAUGGCAGUAUCUGUGAAUCGUUGUGCCACCGACCUUGGUACAUGGGCGGGGGGGCAUUUCAAGAAUGUGUUUGGAGCUAGAAGGGACGAUAAAGCCGCUCGCUUUCGUCGCGAGCAGUUUGGCACCAGAUUGACUGGAGAAGCGGAAGCUUCAUCUGGAGGAUAUGCGGAGGCAAUCACUCUCCAUCGUCGCAAGCAGAAGGCAGUGGUUGAAGAAUUGUUGGAGUCUGUUGAAUGCAGCGAGACGUGCAAAACACUAGGGAAACAUCUCAAAGGGCAUGACCUGUCCUGUUUUGCUGCAACGGAAUGGCUGUAUGAUAAUGACGGAGAUAUUCUCAUACGUCAGGGUGCUAUCGGUUAUGGAAAACAAGCUGCAUAUGAUUUUGUGCAGAAGGUAGAGGUGUAUCGCCCUGUCUUAGCGGCACUCAAACGGAACUACGACUCCAUGCCACGAAAUCUGAAAGGCAUACCUCGGCUGGUACAAGAAACAGAAGAUCCAUACCAGCUGCCUGCUCCUCACUUGAACAAAGCUGGAGUGUACUAUGCUGUGUUUGCUAUUCUGAUUCGGCAGUUUCUAGGGAAAUUUCAGCUGUCCAAUCCAAAGGAAUGGGCCGCGGGCUUUUUGGUGAUUGCUACAAAAGCAGGGCACAAACCCAGUCUAUUUUUCAACGCAAUGAAAAGAAUUGACUCUGAUCCCUGUUGUCAUUGCAAUAAACAUGUGGAAGAAUGUGACUGUAUUGACUUUAUGUUGAACGUCUAUGAAGGCAUGUGGUUGGAGGAGGAGGCGAUUCGUCUAAAUGGAGGAAGCAAAAACCACCUGAGGAUGCAGCCGUUUCACAACAUCCGAAUGACCAGGAAACAGCUUUCAAUAUCGACUGCAACAUUGAUUGAAUGUGGUAUCCAUCUGUGGCGGCUUGACCAAAAAGAGCUGCGCUCGAACAUUGCAGAUUAUUAUCACCAAAUCUGUUGCAUCAUCUCAAUGAGCAGCUCUUUGGACGAUGACACAAAUCUUCCAACAGAUCCAGCAGUAUGCUUGUUGUACAAACAACAUCAUGUGUGUGGAAUACCCUCUGUGGGCAGAUUGUCUGCUCACCUUUUGAUUGGUGUUGCAGCAAUCAUCGGAAUUUUCCCAACAGAUUUGCUCGGUCAUGCAGAAGUCCCUCCGGACACAGGAUUCCACCGCAUUUUCUCAAACGUUGCUGACUCAGACUUGGCCAAUGCUUGGUACCUAAAGCAUGGUCACUAUGAGACAACACAAGAUUUACUUCGAGCAUCUUCCAAUCACAUUGGGGAAUCCAUCGCUAUAUGCGAGGAAAACGUGUGUCAGACCAAAAGUGUGAACACAUCGGAAUCUUGGAAGGGGAGGCAAAUGCGGGACACGGUAUUUCCUGGGAUACCGUAUCUAAAAUACAACGUUUCAACCGGCUUCAUUGAAGCGUGGAAGCCUGGUUCUGGAGAAAUGGAAGUUAUGGAGCCAUUGUGCUUUUUGAAGCAAUGUCUUGUGGAUAGAUUUGGCACUGCUACCACUGCUCAGUUUUUCAAGGCGUCUUGGCCGAACAAGAAGCAAAACAAAGUCAAGUCAAGGAGUCACACCAAACAAAUACCCUUGACAAAACUUUUCAGCAUGAAGCUGGUGCGCAGUGAACGGCUUGACAGUGAGCAACGGUUUGAAUGGGAACAACGAAAUGGCCAGUCGAUCAUGAACGAGAUUGUGAAUGUGUCAUUCCAAGGAAUGAGUGGCUCCAAGUUCUACAGCUUGGAUCUCAACGAGCCAAAUGAAACCCAGCUACUUACACAAAGUUGUUCACCGCCAACUGUUCUACGUCCUCAAUCCAUUGUUCGAGAGUGCCUUCAAAGUAACAGCCAGACCACUGAUGAAAUGUUUUCUCUGACUCGUUGCAAGAUGCCUGAUGGAUUUGUUUUGCCUCCUCACUAUGAAUUUGGUGGGUGUGAGGCUGACCAACAAUCAGUUGAUAUGAGGAAGACUGCUAGAUGGGAACUCAACAGGAAGAAGCAACAGAGGAAAGACAAGAACUACAAACGAAAUGUAGCUCGACAAAAAAAGAAGAUGGCAAAAUGGAAACAACGAAAUGUAGCUGCUGAUGAACUUGUUGUUGAGCUCCAAAAUGGUGCAGAAAGUGCUUGCCAGCCAAGAAAAGACUCAACUGGCGCCGAGGCGAGUACCUCUAGCUGUGCACUUCAACAACCUUCCAGUGAAACACGAUCCAACAACAACAAUGAACGGACCGUGCAACCAAAUCGAAGGCGUCGAAGAAGCCAAUUGGAGGAUCUUCUCGAAACGUGUUGUCUACGACCACAGAGGGCAAUCCGGCCUAGACCCCCGUUGAAACACUACGACGAAGGGAAAAUGGUUCUCCCAGAAGAAGAGAAUGUUGCUUUCUCGAAUGGAACUCAACAGGUUUUAGAGGUAGUGCAAAAUGCAUUGACCGACAAGAAUGAAGGUGGUGGGAAAAUGACGCAACCGGAUAAUGACAAUCUCGUUCCGAGCGACAGCAAGAAAAACUCGUCUGCGAGUAUGAAAACAGCCAUGCUAAAGUACGGAAACGACUUUGACAGCAACAAAUACGCUAAAGGUCAGGUGCUAGCGAGAGCAAAGUUGACAAAAUCUCGGUUCAAGUCUCAGAAGAAGCUACUAGAGAAGAAGCACACACAAACGUCGACGAAUGUUCUCGUGAGCUACAGCACUCAUGAUAUGAGGAGACGUCUCCGACACAAAGUCAUAUCCGAGCUUGAUUUCUUUUGUGCAAGCUUGAUGGUGAUGGAAAACGGAGUCCAGUACAUGUACACUCCGCCGGCCGAUUUUGCGCUUUUCCCGACGCACGAAUCCUCUUUUGUGGACUCAAAAAGCAACCACAGAUUUUUUCUGGUGGAAGAACAAGCAAAAUUGUAUGCUUGUCUUGCGUAUAUUUUUGACAAGCCCUAUCGAUUUGCGUCAUUUUCAUCGAUUACAAAUCUUUGGAACUUGCCGCUUCCAAAGAGAGUGGACAAAGGAACUCUCCAGUUGGACGAAGAUGGGUAUCCACCGGCAUGUGGGGAAGAGGUUCUUUCUUGGAGAUGCUUUGCGAUCCCUAGCUAUGGCCAGUCCCGACAAGAUGAAUUGCCGACACUAGUUGCGGUUCGUGUGCAGAGAGGGGGGAUCGCCCAUUACCUCGUGAACCCACGGAAUUAUCUGCGAAGGUGCAGUUUGUUGCAUCUCUCAAGGCCAUAUCCGGAAUGGAAGGAUCCAUUGGAUCCAACUGUUUCGGUACCCUUUGCUGGCAUUGUGGGCCACAACAAAGGAAGCCCGGUUGUUCUUUGGGUUCAGCCGCUCCCGGUUGUUGUUGCGGACAGAGAAAGCAAUAUGUCUCGUAAUCUGCCAGCCCCUGUUGAAGUCAAGAUGCAAGAGCUAUUGAAAUAUGCUCCGAGAGCGUGCUUCGAAUACGCGAUGAUGCACAAACUUUUUCGUAUCGAAGGUUUCAGAUGUUUAUUGUCUCGUAAGGAUGCAUCAUCUGAAACAUCUCAUCGCAUGUCAACGAAGCGAUUAAUGACUGCCGGUGAGUACGACUAUCCAAAAGUCUCAUGGAAAGAUCACGGCGCACCCGGAUGCAAUAAAUGCAGGAAGAUCGGUUGCAGGAAAUGCUUUGAGUAUCUGUUUGGACGGAUCGAUGAAAACGUUCCGGAGGAACGCGCCUAUUUUCAUCUUGAUACCCCGCCCGGGGACGCUACAUCCUUGGUUUGA